AACCAUCUAUACUUAUUUUAUUAUUUGAGAAGGAAUCAUUCAGGUGAGAUUCCGUUAUCGCAAUGAUAGCUGGAUAUUGUGCUGCUAUUUAUUAUUUUUAGUUGAGAUAAUGUAGGUGGCAGUGACGAGCAUUUAGAUGCACCAUAUGCAUACCCUUGGCUUGAAGGCAUCUGUAUACAUCAUCUUUUGAAGGGCUACUUGUAAAUCCAGGACCGGGAUUGGAACUAACAUCUCCGUCUAUGAGUAGGCACAUCAGAAAUCCCCAGGGAUUUACACCAGUUGGAGGAAGCCUUUGAAUAAUACAAGAGUGCCGUAAGCAUAGACACGAGGAAGUUAUUUGCCGGUGUUUCAUCUCUGAGUUGUGUCCAUAAACUAUAUGCUUUAGGUUCCCCAUUAGAAUGGUAGCGGCUGAAGGUGUCUAAAGAAUUCGUACAAAUGACAACAAAAUUGCCAAAAAUAAAGAUAUUCCUUCUACUGCUUCAAAGCCUGUGAACCCUAUAUUCCAGAAUGACGAUAUCUAAUUUAGUAAAAUAUACAAGCUUUUUUGCUUUGACAUUAAUUUGCUGUUUAACCACCGCAGUAUUUAAUUGGGACAGACGACUAGUGCAUACCAGUACAGAUAGUGCUCCAAAGCCAAUGUUUUACACUCGUAGACAUCAGGACAUUUUGAAAUUCUCAAGCAGUAAUAUAAAAACAUCAUCGGUAGCGUACACAGCUAAAAAGUCUGAUAAAAUAUUUAUACCGACGUAUCAGUCCGUAAAGGAUGCUCAUCAUACUAAAUAUACAGACAACGAUGUAACAGAAAAAGGAAAUGUGGGAAUGAUUGAUGGGGGAAAAACGCUGAUUGCUCUUAAGAAUGCAGACAAACAUGUCAAAGUUGGUGAUUUUUUUAGUGUAAUCAUAGAGGCCCGUGAUAGUAAGGACCAACAUCGUGUAAAAGGAGGCGAUUUUUUGUUUGCAACAAUUAGAGUUACCAAAGGCCAUUCAGCAGGAAAGAUAAUUGAUUUCAACAAUGGAACUUAUGAAGUCAUAUUCUUUGCUGCAUGGGCUGGCAAAGCCACAAUUGAAAUAACUGUUGUACAUUCCUCAGAAACAGUAGAUUAUAUUGAAAGCGAAUUGUGGAGCACGGAACAAAGAAUAGGGUGGAAUGGAAACUUCAGAGCAAAUAGCAAAAAGAGCGAACAUACACUAUGCAGAUUUACAAAAGUUACUGCGACUGAUAAAUGCGUAUACAGUCACCCACGGGCUUUGGGAAAGACAGUUUUCCUCUGUGAUAAACCAGUAAAUUUGUCAUGUGAAACGUUGUUUUCAAUUAAGUCUUCAUCUUCUUAUGUUGAAGAUGUUUUUUCUAAGUUAUAUACAUCUCAUCGUUCACUCUAUGAUAAAUCUGUGACGUACGCACGAUUGACUAAUGGCAUCUCUUCUAUCAACAUAAACUCGUCUGAUGACCAAUCAACAUUAGGCAUUCUGGAAAAAAUAUGGUUGCCAGAAUGCAAGCCAGAUAUGCCGAUUCCUCUUAGUGACGGUUUCUGGACGGGAAGCAUUUGGACUUCUUUGCAAUGUAAAGCAAAACAAUGGACAGGACCUGAGAUUAUUCAGUGUAUUAAAGAGAAACAACUUAUAUUUAUGGGAGAUUCAACUACAAGGCAGUGGGCUGAAGGAAUGCUAGAACUUACAAAUGUUACCAAAAGUAUUUACACAAGCCGACCAACGACCAAACAGAUUAGACAUCAUAGUGACAUUAUGACUUUCGAUUUUUAUUUCCAUCCUUACAGUAUUGGCUCCGUUCAGCAUCGUUACCGAGUCGGUAAAUGGGAGUAUGAAGUCUUGGACAACCUUAAUUCCAGUGCGUGCAACUACGUCAUUAUGGUCAGUCCAUGGGCUCAUUAUAGCCAAUGGACGAAAGAGAGCGUCAUUGAAAGACUUCGUUUGUUGCGAGAGACACUCAUAAGAUUUAUGAAACGUUGCCCUAAUGCACAAGUUUUGAUGAAAACGCCGCACCCACGGAAUCACAAGUCAAAGACUUCGCUACUUUAUUCCAGUGACAAGAUACUGUAUGACAUAUACGAACUUUAUUAUAAACUAUUUUCAGGUUUAGGUAUACAUAUUAUUGACAUAUGGGAUAUGAACUUGGCCUACCCGCAUACAAAUACCAUACAUAUGCCAAUGAAAGUUAUCUACCAAGAGCUUUUCUUGAUGUUUUCUCAUAUAUGUACAGGAGUAUUGACUGCCAUUUAGUAAUAAUUGUUUAAAUUUAAUUUAAAAUAGGAAAUAUUCGCCAAACCGAAGCAAUAGAAAGCGCCCAUGACCCGAUAUUGUUCAACCUUGCGUAUCGAAACAUCCGCCUAAAUUCGUCUUAAGACUAUUUUAUUAUUGAUACCUAGCAAAACGAGGUACCUAAAUUUGUCUCAAUUUUAAAAUACCACAAUAUAAUACUGUACUUAAAAGAAACAUUAUUAUUUCUUUCUCUUUUGUGGUAAACCACCACAUAACUUUUAUUUAU